AUGAAAUUUCUAUUGAAUGAUGCUGAUGGAUACACACAGGAUGAAAAAAGCGUUGUGGAAAUUAACCAAUGUGAUGAUUUUAUUCACCAGGAGAACAAUAUACACAUAAGUGUUAUAAAGCCAAUUGUCAAACGUACCAUUCAUUCAGAAAAUAAAAAAAUAAACGCAUUUUAUAAACCAGUUGAGUUGGUGGAAGAGGUCAAUACGUAUGUCAAAAAAGGAGACGAAUAUCUUGUAAAAUUGUAUGAAAAUUUGAAAAAGGACGAAAAAAGAGAAAAUGUAAUGGGCAUGAAAAAAAAACCCAAUACAACUCCAAGGGUAGAAGAUAUCUCAGAUCAGUUCUGCGACGAGAAUUAUACUAAUGGAAACGAAGUUAGUAUGAAUCAUUCUGAAUUUAAACUAUUUAAAGACGAAGACAAAAAUACUCUUCCCAAGUUCGAAACAGUUUUUGUACCAAAAUUGAACAAGAACAUCGAAGUUGUUAAUUGCUUAAAGGAAAAUAUAAAUGUUGAUUAUACCUAUUUAGUACCGAAGCCUGUAGUCAUACCUGUUGAAGUCCCUAUAUUAAAAUUUAGAGAUCAUUUUAAAAUUAUCCCCAUAAGAAAAAAAAUUAUCCCUCGUAUUAAGUACACAGAUGAUGUUAUUUAUGUCGAUUGUUGUGUUGAAAAGCCCUAUAUUGUUUAUGAAAACAUCAUAGUACCUACUCCGUUUGAUAUUCCUAUAGAGGAACGGCAGUACAUCGACCACGCCCCUCCCAUACAGGAAUGA